AUGCCGCCUGUCGAGUUCAUCAUCGGCUUGGGAUUCUAUGCGAGCGCACUCGGGUGCUUCGCCUUCACCUGCCGGCUCGUCUAUCUCAUCUACUCUAUCGUCUCAACACGAUUAAACAACAACAACAGCUUCUCCUCCUCUUCCUCCUCCUCCUCCUCCUCCGAUGACGACGGCUCGAGCUGGUCCGACGAAGAGUCUAACUGUUACGACGAGGAACAGGGCGUCAUCCCUGAUUCUAACGACGAGGAACGGGGCGUCAUCCCUGAUUCUAACGACGAGGAACGGGGCCUCAUCAGCGAGGGCGAAAGCGACGGCACGGGCACUAGUACCACCGGAGGCGAGAGAUGCUGCAUAUGCCUGGAGCAGAUGACGGACGGCGGCAGCAUGUGGCAGAGGCUGCGAGUGGCCUUACGCAUGGAGCGGGCGACGCGGGACCCGGACAAGAGGCGCCGGCGGCUGCCACGCUGCGGCCACGUCUUCCACGCCGGCUGCAUCGACGAGUGGCUGAAGAGGAGCCUCACCUGCCCGUCGUGCCGGAGGGCGGCAGCGCCAGGAGGAUUACUCGAUGAUCCUGAUGUUAUACUUCGCAUUAUUAUACUUUGUUACUUUUUGAACUACUGUUUGAGUUAG